UCGCCUCCAUCUCCGGCCUCGCCGCUUCGGGCACCGUCUCUCCCAGCGCCGGCCUGUGAUGGCGGCGGAGCCGGUGGCGGAAGCCAUGGACGUCGAAGCCCCUGCUCGACCACCCACCACCACCGCCACCGGAGCUGCCUCCGCCUCGAAGGCACGUUCUCCCCACGACGUCCUCGCGGAGACCCGCGCCUCCGUGGAGGAGGUGGCCGCCCGGAUCCUCGCCAUCAAGAAGGACGGCGCCCCCAAGACCGAGCUCCGCGAGCUCGUCGCGCAGAUGUCCCUCCUCCUCAUCACGCUACGCCAGGCGAAUAGGGAGAUUUUGAUGGAGGAGGACAGGGUCAAGGGGGAGACGGAGGCGGCGAAGGCGCCGGUGGACUCCACUACGCUGCAGCUGCACAACCUCCUGUACGAGAAGAACCACUACGUGAAGGCCAUUAGGGCUUGCCUCGACUUCCAGACGAAGUACCCGGGCAUAGAACUCGUGCCGGAGGAGGAGUUCCACCGCGCGGCGCCGGCGGACAUCCGCGAUAAGACACUUGCUGCUGACGCGUCCCACGACCUCAUGCUCAAGCGCCUCAACUUCGAGCUUGUCCAGCGGAAAGAACUGUGCAAGCUACAUGAGAAACUGGAGCAACGGAAGAGCAGUUUGCUGGACACAAUUGCAAAUCAGAAAAGAUUCCUUUCGAGCCUCCCAUCACAUUUGAAAUCACUGAAGAAAGCAUCAUUACCCGUACAGCAGCAGCUGGGGAUGCAACACACCAAGAAACUAAAGCAGCACUAUGCAGCUGAAUUGCUUCCAACUCCUUUAUACAUAAUUUACACUCAAUUAUUAGGGCAGAAAGAAGCAUUUGGAGAGAAUAUUGAAGUGGAGAUCACUGGAAGUACAAAGGAUGCUCAAACGUUUGCUCAACAGCAAGCAAAACAGGAAAAUGCAGGCACUUUGUCCAAUGGUGAUAAUAGAGUGGAUGAUGAAAUAAUUGAUGAUGAAGAAGAUGCUCAAAGAAGAAGGUCAAGGUCAAGAAAAAAUGUUGUGAAGGAAGCCAGUAAUUCAGUAGCGUCAUAUCAACUUCACCCACUUAAAGUUAUUCUCCAUGUAUUUGACACUGAAGAUUCUGGAGCAAAGCGUCGGAAACUCAUGGUCCUGAGAUUCGACUACUUGGCAAAGUUGAACAUUGUUUGUGUUGGAAUUGAAGACUCAAAGGGGUUGGACCAUGAUAUCCUAUGCAACUUAUUUCCAGAUGACACGGGUUUAGAGUUGCCUCAUCAGAUGGCUAAACUUUACGCUGGGGAGGUUCCGAACUUUAGUGAGAAGGAUUCACGACCAUACAAGUGGGCACAACAUCUAGCUGGUAUAGAUUUCUUACCAGAAGUGCCUCUAUCUGUUGGUGAUGAUCAUAACAGAGCAUCGAGAAAUGCGGAUUUGUCAUCUGGGCUUGCUUUAUACCGUCAGCAGAAUCGUGCGCAGACUAUUUUGCAGAGAAUCCGCUCACGGAAGGUUGCACAGAUGGCUCUUACGGGGCAGCUUGAUUAUUUAACCAAGCUGAAGUGGCCUCAAAUAGAACACGAGAAUGCACCAUGGGCAUCACGCACCCCAUUGUGUAGUCUGCAUAGCUGGUCAUUUACAGGAAUUUUUCCUGAGCCAGCACCUCGUUCUCCUUUGAUGGUUGGGGCUGCAGGAAGUGCUGACAGUGAUAUGGAGAGAAGAUCUGUAACACACUGGGAGGAAACUGAGAAUACCAGGGAGGAUGGGGAGCUUCUGGCUGUGGCACCUGCUGAGAACACGCCAAAUACUUCUAAAAUGUCACACUCUGAGGUGUCACCAGAGGUUCGAAACCAUUCUAGAGGCUUGUCCCUGAUAUCUAAGAGCGCCACACCAUCUAAACUAAGCGUGUCACACAGUUUUGGUAGAAAUGAGGACGAUCUUGAUCUCCUGAUGUAUAGUGAUAGUGAGUUAGAGGAACAGACAUUUGCUGACCAAGAAAUUGAAAAGGUAAACCUUGCUACAGACAAAUCCUGGGAUGAGUACGCUUCCAGGGAGUUCACCAUGGUCUUGAGUAAAACUUUGAAUAAUGGUCCAAAAGUUAUGCUGGAAGCCAAGAUUAUGGUUAGCAUGGAAUAUCCUGUUAGGCCACCAUUUUUCAGAUUGCAAUUGCUUUCGGGGAAAACUGAAGCUUUAAAAUGGCACAAUGACCUUAGAGCAAUGGAAGCUGAGGUGAAUCUUCACAUCCUUCAGGUUGUACCUCUGUCAUAUGAGGACUACAUACUUACUCACCAAAUUCUGUGCCUGGCUAUGUUAUUUGAUAUGCAUUUUGAUGAGGAUCACGGUAAAAGAAAGGUUACUUCAGUGAUUGAUGUGGGGCUAUGCAAACCAGUUAGCGGAACCAUGCUUACCAGAUCAGUCAGGGGACGAGACCGAAGGCAGACUAUUUAUUGGCGCGGCACUGACUGUUCUUCUAGUUGUUUGUAGAGUAUGCAUAGUGUAUGUUGACCCUACUGAAUCAAACACCUUGUGUCAUUUUGAGGAAAUUGGAUGGUGACACUGUCUUUCGUCCCUUCCUGCCACGGUGAAAGAAGAUUAACAUGGAUGCAGUGGUUAUUCCUUCUGCCCUGACAACCGCAGACGCUUCUCUGUUGUGGGUUUUUUUUGUAAGAGCCAAUGCAAGAUAUCCCUUUUUCUCACUGUCAUCAUCAGAACUUGGUAUGCAACCACACAACAUUCUGAAACUAUUGUUGUAUCCUGUAUUACACUUAAUUUUACCUAUUAGUUGUGCAGCUCCAGCACGACUUACGAAGUUUUCAGCAUUAAGCCCCCCCCAGAAAAAGAAACAGCCCGUGCACCAAGCAUAACUUGCGUGUGUCGGUGCACGAACCGAAUUGUAUGUGACUAACGUGGUCUUUUUUUAUAGGCACUAAACUUUGAGUCUCUUAUCAUAUCGGAUGUUUAGACAUUUAUUAUAUA